UAAUUUUAAGGGCACCUUUCCUUAGUGAAGAAAGGCAAAGACAUUCAUAUUGAGAUGAAGCAGAAUUCUAUGUUAAAGAGUUCCAUAAAAGAAGAGACACAAUUAGCACCACAAAAUUAUUAUCAAGGAAUUGAGAGUUUAGAAGAGAUUAAAGGUUUUUUGGGUCUCAAUAAUUAUGAAGAAAAAGAUGAAAAUGCAUAUAAAUUUUGCAAAUUUGACAAAGAAGAAAAUAUUUUGGUGAAUAAUAAUUUUGUGGAGCAUGAAUUUUUUGGGUGGGAUUUUAUGAAUUCAUCAAAUUGGGAAACUCGAGAAUUUUUCCCAAUUAAUCACGAAAAUAGGGAUGAUUCUGCAUCGCACGAGCUAAAAUCUAAUGUUACUGAUAAUCUUGUGAAAAAUGAAGAAUUCGAGAAUGAUAUUGGGUUUGAAAAUGAAAAUGUGUUGGAGGAGACAAAAACAUGUUUGAAUCUAAACUUGAAUUAUGAAGAAGUGCUUGAAGCUUGGUCCAACAGAGGUUCUCUUUGGGCUCACAAUCAUCAUUCUUAUUCCAUGUCAAAUAAUCAUUAUAUGGGAGAAGUGCCAAGUUUAGAAGAUGAAAGAACGAGAAGAGAAAGUAGUGUGUUACGUUACAAGGAAAAACGUCAAAGCAGACUGUUUUCAAAGAAGAUAAGAUAUGAAGUUCGUAAACUUAAUGCAGAUAAACGUCCUCGUCUUAAGGGUCGGUUUGUAAAGAGGUCUUCCGAAAAAGUCUAAAGGAGGAAAAAUAUCUUGGGCAAAGAAGAUAUUUUUAUAUUGAACCUUUUUGCUGACACAUAUUUGCUUUUGUACAAUUCUCACUUUCUGGAAAUAUCAUCACUUUUUUGCGUUAGAUAUUUUAUGGCUUUGGACUGUGGGCCACCCUUAAGCAUACACUGUUGACCUCCAUUUGCCUAAGCUACAUGCAUACGUCAUUUUCUUACCAAAUUGGUUCCUUAUUCAUAUUGGAGAAUUUUGAAUUUGGCAUAUUUUUUUUAAGUUGAAUUUUAAUAGUGCAAGUGUGCAACAUUGUUUUAUUUAACUAUAUGAUGGACAAAUAAAAUUAUGAGAUGUUUGGAAAA